AUGGGAGGAGAGCGCGUGGAGCAUGCUGGGAUGAUGGAGAAUUUCUCGGCUCUCUUCGGAGGGGCCGAGCCACCGCCUCCCGCCGCGGCUACCGCGCUGGGCUUCGGGCCGGGGAAGCCGGGGGGUCCCGGCGCCGGGCCGCCCCCCGCAGCCGCCGCGCCCCAGACCGUGGAGGACGCCGCCCGCAAGGCCGCGGCUGCUAGCGGCCCCUUCUACCUGAUGCGGGAGUUACCAGGCAACAUGGAACUGACGGGCAGCACCAACCUGAUCACACACUACAACCUGGAACACUCCUACAACAAAUUCUGCGGCAAGAAGGUGAAGGAGAAGCUGAGCAACUUUCUGCCUGACCUGCCAGGGAUGAUUGACUUGCCGGGCUCGCAUGACAACAGCAGCCUGCGCUCCCUUAUUGAGAAGCCACCCAUCUGCAGCAGCUCCUUCAACCCCAUCACUGGCACCAUGUUGACUGGCUUUCGCCUGCAUGCCGGCCCGUUGCCAGAACAGUGUCGCUUGAUGCACAUCCAGCCACCCAAGAAGAAAAAUAAACACAAGCACAAGCAGAGCCGCACCCAGGAUCCUGUUCCCCCAGAAACCCCCUCAGACUCUGACCACAAGAAGAAGAAGAAGAAAAAGGAGGAGGAUCCAGAGCGGAAGAGGAAGAAGAAAGAGAAGAAGAAAAAGAAGAACCGGCACAGCCCAGAGCACCCAGGCGUGGGCAGCUCCCAAGCCAGCAGCAGCAGCAGCCUCCGGUGAGGUGCCAACUCUGACCGUGGCACUGGGAUCACUCCAGAGAGACGCCCAUCAUCGACUUGCUGGGGAGAGCGGCGCUGGAGGCGACAUUAGGAAUACCCCAGAGCGGCUCGCAGGGGGGAACUGGGCUGCCCCACCGGGGGCCCGUGUGUACAGACAUCCCAGGGCAUCAGCCUGGUGGGAGCACAGACUCCGCUGGAGAGGGGGCACCGGCUGCUGCCUUUAAGGCUUGCUCGUCCCUUUUAUACCAAAUAAUCCUCUCGGGAGCAGAGGCUCUUUUUUAUUCACAUUUUAAUUAAAUCUCUGCUUGGAGGAGA